CCCUCUUCCAAAACCCUUCCAAAACCCUAAUUCGCCGAUUAAACCUUAAAAAAUUCGCCUAUAGAUCAGUCAAAGAUUGCUUUGUUAUCAACUUGAUUAUGUCGAAACAAUCCAAGCUCUCGAAGCUCAAUGUCUCGAAUCCAAAGGUCUGGAUCGUGAUUGGAAUCGGCAUUGCCGGUGUUGUAAUCCUGGCCGAGACUCAACGGCGAAGACUGAGAGCCAAACGCUUAAUUAGAGAAGACUUUGGGGCAUUCAUAGAGCGAUUUGAGUUGCUUCCAUUUCAUCAGCCCCCUCCUCCUGCCGCUCGACAGCCUCUCUCUGGCUUAGCAUAUGCCAUUAGCGAUAAUUUUGAUGUGAAGGAGUAUGUGAGUGGAUUUGGGAAUCCGCAUUGGAAGAGGACGCAUGAGACUGCUGAGAAGACGGCGGUGGUGGUGACGGCUUUGUUGAAGAAUGGGGCUACCUGUGUUGGCAAGACUGUAAUGGAUGAACUGGGUUUCGGGAUAACUGGAGAGAAUUUGCAUUAUGGAACGCCCACCAAUCCACAGAUGCCAUCCCACAUUCCUGGGGGCUCGUCUAGUGGUUCGGCUGUUGCUGUUGCAUCAGAGCUAGUUGACUUUGCUCUUGGUACGGAUACGGUUGGGUGUGUGAGGAUCCCAGCAUCAUUCUGUGGUGUCAUUGGAUUCCGGCCAUCUCAUGGUCUUGUAUCUACUAUCGGAAUUCUGCCAAAUUCGCAAAGUUUGGAUACUGUUGGAUGGUUUGCUCGUGAUCCGUCUAUUCUACAUAGAGUUGGACAUGUUUUACUUCAACUAAAGUCAGUGGAACCAAGACUGACAAGGAAAUUUAUUGUAGCUGAUGAUCUAUUUCAGCUGUCUAAGGUUCCCCAGCAGAAGACUGUACAUGUUGUUAGUAGAGUGACUGAAAAAUUAUCUGGCUAUGAGCCACCAAAGCAUAUCAGUUUUGGUCAGUAUAUUGCUUCAAAUGUCCCCAGUCUAAAAAGCUUCGGUGAAGAAUCAACGAACCUACGAAAUGGAACCUCUUCUUUGAAAGCUCUUUCUUCUGUGAUGUUUUUACUACAAAGAUAUGAAUUCAAUACAAAUCAUGAAGAAUGGGUUAAAUCAGUCAAACCCAGGUUAGGACCUGAUGUCUCUGAUCGUGUUCUUGCAGCAAUUAACACUACACACAAGAACAUUAAAAUCUUAUACAAAGUCAGGACUGAAAUGCGAGCUGCUCUUCAAGGUCUCUUAAAGGAUGAUACAAUAUUAGUUGUUCCCACAGUUGCUGAUCCUCCAAUAAAACUCAACUCAAAAAAAGUUCUGUCUGCUGAGUUCUAUGAUAGAGCAUUUUCUACAUUGAGCAUUUCGAGUAUGUCUGGCUGCUGUGAGGUCUCCAUUCCAUUAGGAAAGCAUGAUGAUUGUCCAAUCUCAGUUUCAUUUAUUGCGCUCCAUGGCGCUGAUAAAUUUCUCCUUGAUACUGUCUUGGAUAUGUACUCAUCUCUUCAAGAACAACUUAGCAUUCUGUCCAGUUCGCCGCCAUUGCCAGAUACAAAUGGUAACAUGGAUGCAUCAGAAUUGUUAAAAGAAAAGGGAAAUGCUGCAUUUAAAGGAAGACAGUGGAAUAAAGCUGCAAGUUACUACACUGAAGCUAUUAAAUUGAGCGAGGCAAAUGCUACUUACUAUUGCAACCGGGCGGCUGCUUACCUAGAAUUAGGAUGCUUUCAACAAGCCGAGGAGGACUGCAGCAAGGCGAUAUCUCUUGAUAAGAAGAAUGUGAAGGCAUAUUUGAGGCGAGGAACAGCUAGAGAAUCACUUCUCUAUUAUAAAGAGGCACUUCAAGAUUUCAAGCAUGCCCUUGUCCUGGAACCACAGAAUAAGGUUGCUAAUCUCGCAGAAAAGAGGCUACGGAAAUUGACAAGUUGA